AUGCUCGACCCGGAGGCGAACACGCUGAAGGUCAAGGGCUGUGACGAGCCAAUCCCGGCCGCGCUUUCUUCAAUGCGGGCUGAGGAACUCAUCUCACUGGCCUCGCUCGGUAUAAAGGAAAUUACCGAAAGUCAGCGCAGAGAAAUCGACGAGCUAAUGCACAGUUUGCUACCCGAUCCACCCUGUGAACAGCUUGGCUGUACGAGCUGGAUCAAGCACGAUAUCGACUUGAAAUGCGCACAUCCUAUCAAGCAACGGUACUACCCCGUAUCAAAGAAGAUUGAGGACGAGAUGCACGAGCAGGUGCAGAAGAUGCUGCGCAUGGGAAUCAUCCGGAAGUCGAAAAGUGAGUGGUCGAGCCCCAUCGUCAUGACCCCGAAACAAGACGGCACUUACCGUUUCUGCAUAGAUUACAGGAAGGUGAACGCGCAGACGAGAGUCCCCGCGUAUCCGCUGCCUUAUAUGGACGUGAUACUGCGGAAGAUCCAACACGCCAAGUUCAUAAGCGCGUUAGAUUGCUCCGGAGCUUUUUGGCAGAUCCCUCUUACAGAGAGGUCUAUACCAAUCACCGCGUUCACCGUCCCAGGACUCGGCUUGUUCGAGUUUGUUAGGAUGCCCUAUGGCCUGUCGGGCGGGCCCGCAACAUUACAGAUGCUGGCCGACAAAAUCAUAACACCUGAGAUGGAGCCCUACGCUUUUGCGUAUUUGGACGACCUCCUUAUCGCAACGGAAACCUUCUCAGAGCACAUUAAGUGGUUGACGUGUAUCGUAAAGCGGCUAAACGAGGCGGGCCUAACGAUAAACCGAAAAAAGUCGAAGAUUUGCAUGAUAGAAGUGCGAGACCUUGGCUUGUUGGUGAACCGCGAUGGUUGUCGUCCCGACCCAGAGAGAGUCCGGCCAAUCCUUGAGUACCCCGCGCCGAGAAACCUGAAGCAGCUGAGACGUUUUCUAGGGAUGGCUUCUUGGUACAGGAAGUUCCUAGAGGGCUACGCUUCCUUGAGUGAGCCGCUCACCGCACUCACCCGCAAAGAUUGCAAGUACACGUGGACAGCGAAGCAGGAGGCAGCUUUUGAGCAGGUGAAAGCUUUGCUGGCCUCCGCACCGGUGCUCGCAAGGCCAGACUUCUCCGCUCCAUUCAUCGUUGAAUGUGAUGCUAGCGACACGGGGCUGGGCAGCGUCCUUUUACAACACGUCGAGGGAGCGGAUCACCACUACAGCCUGGUGUGGCUGCGAAACUUGCGGAGCCCCAACGGGAAGUUAGGUCGCUGGUCCUUGCGUCUGCAAGCCUACGACUUCGACAUCGUGCAUCGGAGCGGCAAGGAUAAUGUAGUGCCGGACGCACUGUCCCGCAUGUACGAGACAAACGAAGACGCGAUAGCCGCCACGGCUUCUCUCAGCGUUGGGGAAGGCACGAAGGACCCUUGGUACCGGAAUAAGAUUAAGAAGGUCCUGGCCGACCCAAGGGCCCACCCGUAUUGGAAGGUGAAAGUCGAGCAGGUGGCCCCGGCGGGACUAAUGGGGAAGCAUGUAGUUUCACGGCCAUGGGAAAUAGUUUGCGGAGACUCGAUGGGUCCGUUCCCGAAAUCGCCACAAGGCCACGAGUACCUGCUGAUUUUCAUGGACAUGUUCACCCGGUGGAUUGAGUGCAUCCCCAUACGAAAGGCGAACGGCAAGACCAUCAAGAGAGAGCUAAAUCAGCGAGUUUUCUUGCGAUUUGGCGUCCCCGAGAAAUUCUUGUCGGAUAAUGGCACGCCCUUCAAGAACAAGCUCGUGGACGUUUAUCAUGCGACGUGCGCGCCCUACUCUCCGAAAUCUAAUCCAACGGAGCGCGUGAACUGGACCGUAAAGACGAUGAUGGCGGCAUUUAUUCAAGAAAAACACACUAAGUGGGACGAACAUAUCGCAGAAUUCGCUUUCGCGUACAAUACGGCCAUCCACAAGGCGAUUCGCUCUAGCCCGGCGUUCCUGAAUUAUGGGCGGAACCCAGAGCCGCCCCACACGGCGAGGCGCGAAGAAACGCUUGAGGCCACGCGGAGACAGGAGGCCGCCGCGCUCGGGAGCUGGCAGGCAAAGAUGGGAAAUCUCGGCAAGCUCCACGUGCAUGCCUCAGAAAGCUCCCAAGCUGCACAAGCCCGCCAAGAGAAAUACUACAAUAAGGGACACCGCGACGUUCGCUAUGACGUUGGCGACAAGGUAUGGGCGAAAAAUCGCGUGCUUUCCUCGGCUGCCCGGGCUAUCGCCGCGAAGCUCUGUCCCAAGUAUGCGGGACCAUUUGUUGUCACCGCUCGAUUAGGGCCGAAUUCUUACCAGCUUCAAAUCGAAAGCGGAGUCGACGUAGGUAAAGUGGCUGUGUGCGACCUGAAACCCUGCCACGACGCGGAGCAGUUCCCGGAGAAGAGCGGGUGUGAAGACCAACUAGCCUCGGACGGGGAGCAAGAGAUGGCUCCUGAUAGCGACGAACCCAAGUUUUCGGGCGAUCAAGCUCCCGCGUGCGAAACGUUGCCUCAACCGCUACACAGCCAGGACGCCACCAAGCUGGAGCUAACGCAAAAGGGGCGGCCCCCUCGAAAAAGGGGUAGGCCGCCCGGCUCGAAAAAGAGCGCUCCGCCGCCGAACUCUACGAGAAUGCUGCCAGCGAGGACCGAUAGAACGGUCAGGCUCGACGUGCCCGUGGAAGAGCUUCGCAGGAUGCAGCAACUCAUCGGCCAGAUCCUCGAGGCACACGCCUCCUCCGUUCCUCCCAGUCCAUCGGGAGCAGCUAAAGAGGAAAAACAGGCCUACUGGGAGGUAUUAGCCUUCGCCGACCACCCCGACGCUCGUGCCAGAGCCUUGGUGCCCCAGGAGUUCCUGCAGCGGGUCAAGAGAGCCACCAAGCUGCGCGACUACCUGGACGCUGCAGAGGCCCCAUUCGUGGCUAACGAAGAGGUCGACAAGACCAGGGCGGACCUAAUGGCCCUUCAGCGGCAAAAGCUACAAGAGCUGGAGGCCCUCUGA